UUCCUUACAAUUCUCUUGCCUGACCCAGUGACAGGCAUGCUAGUUCACUUUAUAGUACCAAUAAAUCUGUUCUUUCUUUUUAUUUUUUCUCAUUUUUUUCUUGGGGACUGACACAAGAUUUUAGUGAAUAGAUUUCUGGCAUGGAAAGCAGGGACUAGUGGAUUCUGAUCUCAGGAUUACCUUAAACAAGAGACUCACGUUUCAAACUUGGUUUUUCUGAUUACUCUUACUUGAACACAAGUUUUAGCUUUGGGAACUGCCUGCUUCUUGUUCAUGCGAAUUGUAGAUUUGUAGUUCAAAUGGCAAUGAGAAGAAGAGAAAUUGCUUUUUAUUUUCUGGCUUUCUUGUGGUUUUGGAGUCCUACAAAUGGACUGCUUUCUCCUAAAGGUGUAAACUAUGAAGUGCAAGCUUUAAUGGCUAUAAAGGAUGCUCUGCAUGAUCCUCAUGGUGUACUUGAUAACUGGGAUGUUGAUGCUGUUGAUCCAUGUAGCUGGGCAAUGGUUACUUGUUCACCUGAAAGCCUGGUCAUUGGGCUGGGCACUCCAAGCCAGAAUUUAUCUGGUACUUUAUCUCCAAGCAUAGGAAACUUGACAAAUCUUCAGAUUGUGCUAUUGCAGAAUAAUAACAUAACAGGAGCAAUUCCUCCAGAGCUGGGGAAGCUCUCAAAGAUUCAAACACUCGAUCUUUCUGAUAAUUCCUUCACUGGGGAAAUUCCUUCCUCUUUAGGCAACCUAAAGAGCCUCCAGUAUAUGAGGGUAAACAACAACAGUCUCUCUGGAGCAUGUCCUGUGUUUUUGGCUAACAUGACCCAGCUUGCCUUCCUUGACUUGUCAUACAACAAUCUGAGUGGAUCAGUACCCAGAUUUGCCGCUAAAACAUUCAGCAUAGUGGGGAAUCCUUUAAUCUGUGCGACAGGUUCUGAACCAGAAUGCCGUGGGAUGACACUGAUGCCAAUGUCCAUGAACUUGAACAACUCACAAACUGCUCUGCCUUCUACCAGAUCCAAAAGUCACAAAAUAGCCAUUGCCUUUGGCUCGAGCAUCGGAUGUGUGUCCCUGAUGUUUCUUAUACUAGGAGUACUACUUUGGUGGAGACAAAGACGGAAUGAACAGAUAUUCUUUGAUGUUAAAGACCGGAAUCAAGAGGAAGUUUCCCUCGGAAACUUGAGGAGGUUUCAAUUCAGAGAACUUCAGAUUGCAACACAUAACUUCAGCAGCAAGAAUAUAUUAGGCAAAGGAGGUUUUGGGAAUGUCUACAAGGGAAUUCUGCAAGAUGGAACAAUAGUAGCUGUUAAGAGGCUUAAAGAUGGUAAUGCUGCAGGAGGAGGCAUUCAAUUCCAGACUGAAGUUGAGAUGAUCAGCCUGGCAGUGCACCGAAACCUUCUACGACUUUAUGGAUUUUGUAUAACACCCACAGAGAAACUUCUUGUUUAUCCAUACAUGUCUAAUGGAAGUGUUGCCUCCCGUCUCAAAGGAAAACCGGCCUUAGAUUGGGGCACAAGAAAGAGAAUUGCUCUUGGAGCUGCCAGGGGAUUAUUAUACCUUCACGAGCAGUGUGAUCCAAAGAUAAUCCAUAGGGAUGUCAAAGCAGCAAAUAUAUUGCUUGAUGAUGAUUGUGAGGCUGUGGUGGGAGAUUUCGGGUUAGCAAAGCUUUUGGAUCACCAAGAUUCACAUGUCACAACCGCUGUGAGGGGCACUGUGGGACAUAUAGCUCCAGAAUACCUCUCCACAGGCCAGUCUUCUGAAAAAACAGAUGUGUUUGGAUUUGGAAUUCUCCUCCUUGAAUUAAUAACAGGUCAAAGAGCACUAGAAUUUGGCAAGACUGCUAACCAGAAAGGGGCAAUGCUUGAUUGGGUAAGGAAAAUUCAUCAGGAAAAGAAGCUAGAAGUGCUGGUUGACAAGGAUCUUAAAAACAACUAUGAUCGAAUUGAGCUAGAAGAGAUGGUUCAAGUAGCAUUGCUAUGCACACAAUACCUUCCAGGCCAUAGACCAAAAAUGUCUGAAGUGGUUCGAAUGCUUGAAGGUGAUGGACUGGCUGAAAGAUGGGAAGCUUCUCAAAGAGCUGAAGCAACCAAGUGCAAGCCCCAUGAGUUCUCUUCAUCGGACAGAUAUUCUGAUCUCACUGAUGACUCUUCAUUGCUUGUUCAAGCCAUGGAGCUCUCUGGCCCAAGGUGAACUACUUAUAAACUUAACUAUAAACCUUUUUUAUCUUUCAAAGAGAGUUAGAAAAUUAUAGUUGAAGUAGUAUCUGCUAAAAUUCCUACAGUUGUGUAAUAGUGGAAGCAUAGCAUCGGUCGAAAUGGCUUCCAAUUUUUUUCCUUUUUCCUUUUGUUGUUACUUCAACUGUUCAACUGUACAGAUAACAGCCUAAGAAGACAUCAUUGAAAUUUUGAUAUGGAAAUUUCAUGUAAUUGCUAUUGCUAUUGAGUGAGGGAUCUGAGAGGCUGUCUGGUGAAUUUUGUAAGAUCAAAUAUAUAUUCUUUGCUGGAGUCUUAGUUGUAAUUUUAAAAAUUAGAUGAUACAAUAUUGUAAAAGUUGUUGUGCUUAUGUCACUUUAAUUAGAAUUUUGGUUUAUAAAUUGAUGUUUUUAUGUUUAGUAUUAGAUUUUCCUUAAUUAUGGCGACCAUUA